GUAAAAUAUCAAAGCAUGACUAAUUAUACUUAUUAUUUGUUAUUCAAAACACAUAAUACAUUGUAAUGUAAAAUAACAGUAAGUUAGUACUGUACUGUAAUUUUAUUUCUAUUUUGGUCUUAAAUGACUCGUUGUGGCUUUAACUCUCACGUGCCAACUGGAUUUACAGGCUCGAGCUCUAAAGCUAAUCGGCUAAUGUUCAUUCUGAGGAUUUAAAGUAACACUAAAUAAUAUAAUUGCUGUAAAUAACCAGAAAUGUCUACUGAACACUGCUCUACUACAAUGGACACCAACAAAACAGGUGCUGCAGUCAAGGGGCAGAAGCGCAGAUCCUCCACCGACCGGAGUAUAAACACACCUCAGGGGGGGGGCAUGAAGACCAUGCUGGACAGUUUCAGAGCGGAUAUUAACAAGUCAUUUGUGGCUAAAAGAAAAUGUUUGGAGUCGCUCACCAGUUCAGCUCUUAAAACGAGCCAACAGAAGAUCGAGGAGCUGUGGAGGUGUCAUCAAAAAGAGAGGGCUCAGAUCUGUGAGGAUUACAGCUCUCAGUUCAGUUCAGAGUUCCAGCAGUGGGACACGGACAUCCAGAAAUCUAAAGAUCAGGACAAGAAACUCAUGUCUCUGUUUCAGCACCUACAGAUGAUGUUUCAGCAGAUGAGAGCUUCUCAAAAUCAGAGACUGAAGACGCUCAAACAGCUUGUAGAUCAUUACGCAAAGAGCUCACAGGAGCUGCAGGAAGCGCAUGAGGAUCAGAACACUGCUGCGUUGAACGACCUACGCCAGGAGAUAGCGCUACUGCAGAAAAAAAUCCUCAUGAGUGCUCAGGAGGAGAUGGCAUCAGUCCGUAAAGCUCUACAUUCCAUGCUGAUGUAGGUAACGAUGGCACCAUGAUGAAGAUUAAAGAAAAAUGUUUACUAGAAAAAAGUUAAACUAGUUAACCUAGCUUGUUUUGAUUUAUCUGCUUGUUUAGUUGAUGCUCACUGUCAGCUGUUCAGCUUUAGGUUUAUUUUUCAUCAUUACUUAGUUCGAAUAAUUAAAAAUGUGUUUAUAUUAAUGAGACACCACACAGACAGAUCUGAUAGUCACACUACUAAAACUUAAUCUGCUUAUUAUUAUUAAUUUGUUGUUAAAACUCUCAGGAAUCCUGAAUUGUAUUAAGACAAUAAAUGUUGUACAAUUGACUGAAAUUAAAGCUUAAAAUCUGCGAAAUGUCAUUUUUUAUUUAUUUCCUCUCACUGCUUUUAUAACACACUCGGUGUAGCUCAGAUAUUUUCUCACAUCACUAAAUAAAAGACUUUAACUUCUUAAA